CCGCCCAUGCUUCCCCGGGCGGCCGCGGACGAGAUAUGAGCCGGCGCGGAACCGCCGCCGCCGCCGCCCUCCUAGAUGGACCCCUCCGAUCGCCCCGCCGUCGUCUUCGACAACGGCACAGGGUAUAGCAAGCUUGGGUUCGCUGGCAAUUCUGAACCAACUUUCACCAUCCCUACCGUAGUAGCUGUCAAUGAAUCUUUCUUGGACCAAUCAGAGCAGUGCAGCAGUGCGAAUUGGUUAGCACAGUACAAUGCAGGUGUCAUGGCCGACCUUGAUUUUUUUAUCGGGGACGAGGCUCUCUCGCAUUUCAAAUCUAGUGGCCUGUACAGUUCAAGAAGCCCAAUUCAUCAUGGUCAGGUUAAUGAUUGGGAUACAAUGGAGAGAUUCUGGCAGCAAUCCAUUUUCAAUUAUCUACGCUGCAAUCCUGAAGAACACUAUUUCCUUCUUACGGAUAGCCCCGUCAGUACGCCUGAAAGUCGUGAAUGUAUGGGAGAAAUAAUGUUUGAGACCUUUAAUGUCCCUGGUCUAUAUAUUUCUGUCCAAUCUGUGCUCAGCCUCUCUGCUGGAUUUGCGUAUCUGAAAAGUCUUUCUGAAGAGGAGUCAGAUUCUGAGUCUGAUAUGACAGGUGUAGUAGUUGACAUUGGGGAUGGAGCCCCACAUAUUGUGCCAGUUGUUAACGGCUAUGUAAUUGGGAGCAGCAUAAAGUCUUUUCCUCUAUCUGGAAGUGAUGUAACUCAGUUUGUUCUGCAGCUCUUACAGGAAAGAGGUGAGCUUCUUCCACCUGAUGAUGCUUUGGAUAUAGCUCGUAGGGUGAAAGAAACGUAUUGCUAUACUUCCUCAGACAUUGUCAAGGAGUUCAAGAAACUUGACAGCAAGCCUAGUAAAUAUGUCAAACAAUGGUCCGCAGUCAAACCAAAGACUGGGGUUCCGUACACAUUUGACAUUGGAUAUGAGCGUUUUCUUGGACCAGAGAUCUUCUUCCAUCCUGAGAUGUACUCUGCUGAUUUCUCCACUCCUUUACCUGAACUGAUUGAUAGCUGUGUUCAAUCUGCACCAAUUGACACGAGGAGAGCUUUGUAUAAGAAUAUUGUAUUGUCUGGUGGAACUACCAUGUUUAAAGACUUCCACAAGAGACUCCAAAAUAAUAUAAAGAAGAUAGUAGAUGAUCGUGUUGCUGCAACUAAUGCCCGUCAUCAUGUGGAAGUGAAACCUGUUGAGGUCAACGUGGUCACCCAUCCUAUACAGAGCUAUGCAGUUUGGUUCGGGGGUUCAGUAGCUGCAUCUAGCCCUGAAUUUUUUGAGUCCUGCCACACGAAGGAAGAGUAUGAGGAACAUGGAGCAAGCAUCUGCCGAACAAGCACCGUUUUCAAAGGGAUGUACUGAAGUUCUUUUUUUUGUAGCGCUACUAGGUUUUUCCAAAUAGAAUAGAGUCAAAAUUGAUUCUUCAUUUAGCAUCAUUGGGGCCAUUAGAUUGGUAGCUCAAUAUGUAGCUCUCUGUUCUGUAACCCAUGUUGUGUAUAGCCAGCACUCUCCCCGUUCCAGGUGCAUAUUUAUAGCCAAUUUUCGUGGUACACGCAUUUUCCCCAAUUGUUCAGA